AUGAAGUUAUCUGAACAAGUGUUGAUCUGCCUUCUUGCAUCCUCAUUCAGGCCAACGAUCUCCGACAUCAAAGAAAUCUGUACUCUUGGGGACGAGCACUACGGUGUUGGAGACACUUGGCAUCCCAAACUGCUUCCCUUUGGUGACAAUCCUUGUGUGAACUGCACAUGUUUAAGAGGUGGUGAAGUGAUGUGCAACGGCAUGGACUGUCCGAAGCCGAAGUGCGAAGAGCCGAGAAUUGUGGUGGGACAGUGCUGUCCUACGUGUGAGGUUCAAAUGGAGGAUGAGAACAGAAGCCAAGUCAAAGAAGGGCCUGGUUGUCAGUUCUACGGACACCUUUAUGAGGACGGCGAUGUGUUUCCUUCUAACAAGACAGCACUGAAACCCAAGCAUAGCAACCAAUGUGUACUGUGUGCUUGCUAUAGAGGUGAUGUCAUCUGUCAUCUAAAGACCUGCCUACCGAACCACAAAUGUCAGAAAACGAUGAAAGUAGAUGAUGAUUGCUGUCUUCAUUGUCAGGACGUCACAAGCCUCAGAGGCCACACUAAACUCAUUUCACACAAUCAGAAUCAAACCCUGGAGGCAGGAGACUGUCUGUCUGCUACAGGGAGACAGAAAAACGGUACAAGGUGGAAGCCUGUGAUUGGUCAAUAUGGUGAAAUGAAAUGCAUUGUUUGUAGCUGUUUAAAUGGACACAUCAACUGUGAACGCCUACACUGUCCCAAACUGUCAGAUCUCAACUGCACUUCCUCGGGGAUCCCCGCAGACGAAUGCUGCAAUCAAUGUGUGACAGACGUCAAAUACAACGAUAAAGAGUUGACGGAGACAACAGACUGUAGCAAAGGUUCCAGAGACAGAAACAACAAGAAACUUUGUCCAAGGAAAAAACAGUCAUCUAGAAAAUCCCGGACCAGAAACAAAAACAGAACCAAACAUGGACGAAGAAUAUUUCUUGCUGAAAUGCAAUUAAAUGAUGUUGUGUCCAAAUUGUGUUUGCCUGAAAAGUCCCAACAUUUGGUUUACCAUACGAGGGGAAACAACUUGGAGUCUUUGGCUUUUGACUGGAAGAGCCAUAACUCGUUAGAGUACAUCCAAUGGACCGUUAGAAAAGGUAAAAUACAAAAUACAGAACGCAAAACAGUCUUGGAUCCUGUUGAGUAUAGGAGAAAUAUCACAGUCGCAGAUAUACUUGGCGCAGUGCAGAGAAAAAACAUAAAAACAUUUUUUAAACAGCUGGACAGAAGACAGCGGACAGUGUAA